CGGAAUGGUUGUGUGUGUGCUAAUGUUUCUGUUGUUUGGCGGAAGCUAAUGUGUGUAGAACCAGGAUGUGCCGCCGGCUUUCCAACAUGGAGGCGUCCACACAGUGAUUUCUGAAGGAGAAUUCAUCUCUUUCUACAUUCGUCGUCCCGAACGGUCACAGGUUCCACCAUGAAGUGUGUUCGCGCUCUGCUCCGGCAGCAGUGUCUCAGGCUGCAGGACCAGUCAGUCCGGCCUGCCGCCCGGUGCGACGCUCUGCUCCAGUCAGUAUCCUCCGGUCAGCCUGGCGUGCUACACAAGAGCCAGCACCAGGUGUUGAGGAAUUUCCACUCCAGCCCAGUGUGUCUGUCUGCACCUAGGGACAACGUGAGGAGAGACAAGUCUCUGAUCACUCACGAUGACCUUUUCGAGCAGGCAGCCAAAAAGGCCAAAGUCAAAGCCACAUUCAACAAGGUGCUGGACAUCUACACCAAGAGGGACAUAAGACGUCGGGGUCACGUGGAGUUUAUCUACGCCGCCCUGAAGAGGAUGCCCGAGUUCGGCGUAGAGAGAGACCUCGCCGUCUACAACAAGCUUCUGGAUGUUUUUCCCAAAGAAGUGUUUGUGCCCAAAAACUUUAUCCAGCGAAUGUUCAACCACUAUCCUCGACAGCAGGAGUGUGGAGUGCAGGUUCUGGAGCAGAUGGAGAACUACGGUAUCACGCCCAACAUGGAGACCAAAGUCCUGCUGGUCCAGAUUUUCGGAGAGAAGAGCCACCCCAUGAGGAAGUAUCAGCGCAUCAUGUACUGGUUCCCCAAAUUCAAGCACACAAACCCCUUCCCCGUCCCCAAACAGCUGCCGGAGGACCCGGUGGACCUGGCCCACUUCAGCCUGACUCGCAUUGCUAACGACCUGGAUGCAAAAGUUAGCGUCUACCAGCUGCCAUGCACAGAUGUCACAGAGAGCGGAGAAGAGAUAACACUUCCACAUAUAGUGGGGAUCCAGAGCCCGAGUCAGAUGGAGCUGCUGGACCAGCACAACCCGAGCAGGCCAGUGUUCGUGGAGGGCCCCUUCCCUCUGUGGCUGAGGAGCACGUGUGUGUACUACUACAUCCUCCGAGCUGACCCCACGCCGCCUGAUGAGAAGGUAGAGCAGCCCUAUGAUCCAGAGAGAUGUCUGUACUAUCCUCUGCAGCUACAACUGGAUUUGGACCGUGACUUUGGAGACGAAGAGACCUUUGACAUAGACGACUUGGACGAGGGCCCAGUCUUUGCCAUGUGUAUGACCAGUCAGGGACACCAGGCCACCCUGAACCAGUGGAUCUCUGGCCUCCAGCAGAACAACCCCAUCCUGGGUCGGGUCCCCACUCUUUUUCGUCUGAACGCCGGUCCCAGGGAGCUGGACGCACCGGCUGACACAGAGUCGGGCCACCACCACCACAGGCCUGAAGCAGAGAGCCAGAGAGAGGAGUCACAGCCUGAAGAAGAACCUGAAGUUAUUGUGGAGGCAGAGCUAAAGAGAAGACAGGGGAGGAAACAGUGAACAGCGAUCAAACUGACAAAGUAAAUCAUUGGUUAGGAACUGAACAAUUGUUCAUUUAACCAGGCAACACACAUAGUCAGCAGAGCCCGAGGAGGACUCCUCAAAUAAAUUAAAUUAAAAUAAAAAACUUUGCUUCCCCAUUUUAAUCUCUGUCAGGGGUUCUGCAUAGGUGUCAGCUUACAUUCAUCUAAGGUCGUGUUUCCCAACUUGGACCCCAGUUCAUUCCGAGUGGUUGUAACAUGAUUGAGGGAAAGGAAGUGAAAGAAAAAUUCUUAAAUCCAUUAGACAGGGUAGGGGGUCACAAGUCAAAAACAUGGUCUACAAGGUGAGGGGGGCAUUUUAAGUGGCUUAAACUAAAUUGCCAGACUGUUCUUAGUUCCUCAUGUUUCCACUCAAACCAUAGACUUGAAAUAAGACCUACUACAAGAAGGAAAUUAAAAAGAACCCAGAUACAGGCGCGGACAGAGUCUGUGCGCUGUUCGAGGUGUGGAGUCGCGCUGUCAAGGUCCCGCCAACAGGCGCUCGACCAAUCGCGAGUCGCGUCUCUCAGCUGGACGUCAUGUCGUUUCACCCCGAGUUAAAUUUAGCAUCGAGGUCUAUGAAAACCCUUAUGUAGUCUAUAUGGUGUAUACAUAUUCAUAUCGUAGUCCAUAUACAGAACGCUCAUAGGGCAUAUGCAUCGCCCCCAGAUCAUUAUCGUCCUAUUUCCAAAACGUGUCUGUCACGGCUUACGUCUGAUCUGCGAGAGAAAUGAGAAAAUACUGGUGGAAAAAAAAAAAAAAAAGAUGUCAAAGAACAAACCCAAAGGUAGAAAAGGUUUA